AUGUACCUAACUGUAGUUAAUCCCUAUUACGAUCAAGAUAGUGAAUUACGAUCUCAAAUCAAAGAAAUUGAUGAAAGAUUUAAGAGUAUCAAAUUAAGUGAAGAGAAGCCCAUCGAUAGACAGACACAUCCACAAUCUGUAUAUACUAGCAGAUACUUAUGUUAUGAAAAUCUCCCUGAGCCUACCAAUCUUGAUUGUGCAAAUAAUCUACUUUCAGAAGAUUUUGGUUGUAUUGAUGAUUAA